AUGGAGUUUUUGUUAUUGGGGUGGGUUUUAGGAGCUCUGCCACUACUAGGGUUGGUGCUGUGGUGGUGGAAUGAGCUCCGGUAUGUCGUUCCUCUCAAAUUUAGAGCUUCUAAUCAUGUAACUGCAAAGCUCCCACCUGGUCAUAUGGGCUUACCCUUUGUUGGGGAGCUUUUCACCUUCCUUUGGUACUUCAAGAUUCUUCGUCGUCCUGAUGAUUUUAUCAACUCCAAGAGAAACAAAUACGGUGAUGGAGUAGGAUUAUACAGAACUUACCUCUUCGGAUCUCCAUCCAUCAUUGCAUGUUUCCCGAUGGUCAGUAGAUUUAUAUUCCAGUCAGACGACAAAUUCAUUUUGGAGUGGCCCAACCUUGAACUAAUGGGUCGAAAUUCUCUAGUAGUGGUUCAAGGGAAAGCCCAUUCCAGACUGAGAAGCUUCGUAACCAACUCCAUCAAUCGGCCCAAUGCUCUGCGACUCAUAGCAGCCCAGGUACAGACUCGCAUUGUAGCUGCUCUCAACUCAUGGGCCCAAACCGGCAAAGUCAAAGCAUAUAAGGAAGUUAAGAAGGUGACAUUUAAGAAUGUCGGAAAAUUGUUCAAGAGCUUCGAACCAGGGCCUGAACAAGAUGCUAUGGAUAAAUUGUUCAAUGGAUUGGUUAGGGGAAUUAGAGUUCACCCAUUCAACUUUCCUGGAUCCGCCUAUCAUUAUGCUGUUCAAUGUAGGAAUAAGCUUAAUGAAAUUUUUAGAGUGGAGCUAGAGAAGAAAAAGAAGGAAAACGGAGUUGGGGCAGGAAAUGAUCUAAUGGAUGGACUGAUGCAAAUGAAAGAUGAAGAGGGUAAUCAACUGAGUGAUCAAGAAGUAUUAGAUAACAUUGUGAGCCUUGUGAUUGGUGGAUAUGAAUCUACUUCCCUAGCUUCAAUGUGGGGUAUUUAUUAUCUGGCCAAAUAUCCUGAUGUCGUCCAAAAGAUAAGGGUGAAAUUUGGUAAAUCCGGAUGCAAAAAUGAUUAUUUGCCUCAUCAAGCACCCGUCGAUGGAGCUGAAGUCACAUUUAGCAAACUUUAG